AUGGCAGGCAAGAAAAGUCCUCGAAAAAGUACGGUGAAUUAUAGCACUCACUCCGGUAAAUUACCAGCGAAUAUCAAAAGACUCAUAAAAAAGGGCGAAUCUAAUACGAACUACAAGCAAGCACCGCCUCCCAUGUUAGGGACAACAAGGCCAAGACGAUUUAGUCUUAUAUACUCCUCCGAAUCGUCUUUAAGUGACGUGUCCGAUUCCGAUAAAAACAAAAGUACAAAUCAACAAAAACAUAAGAAAAAAGCAAAGAACAUCUCGAAUAAUUCUCAAGGUAAGAAAAGUAAACUUAUACAAAGGCAACAGGAUAAUGAUGAUGAGGGGACGGAAUCCUCCGAUUACCAAGCUAUAACGGACGAUGAAAAGAGUGGAGAUGAAGAAGACGAGAGUGAAGAUGAAGAGGACGAUGAUGAAGAUGAUGGUAGUGAUAGUGAUAGCGAGACAAGUUCUGAUGAUGAAAAUAUAGAUUUUGUUAAACUGGCUGCCCAAAGAAAGAAAAGGGCCAUGAAGGCUCUAUCUGCCAUGAAUACGAAUAGCAACGCCGUCCUUUCCUCUCGUGAAAACAGUAAUACAGACAAACCAAGCAUAACGUCUCCCAGCAAGCAACAGCAGCCACAACCAAAGAAAGAAGAAGCGGAGGGCCCAAAAACUACCCAACAGGCACUGUCGUUCAAAUUCAAAAAGGAAGGUGACGGUAUCAGUUUUGGAAAUGCGAGCGAAGAAUAUAAUGAAGACAUCGGUGAAGAGGUAUUGGAGUUGAAAAACAAGGAAAAAAGUGUUAACGAAGUAAAAGAAAAAGACCUGAAGGCCACGCUAAACCAUAACGAAGAGUUACGGUUUCCCAAUAUUUCCGAAUCAGAUGAAUCCGAAUACGAUAUUGAUCAAGAUGCGUAUUUCGAUGUAAUCAACAAUGAGGACUCUCAUGGAGAGAUUGGCUCAGACCUAGAAACAGGAGAUGACGAUCUUCCCAUAUUGGAAGAGGAAGAACAGAACAUCGUUUCCGAGCUACAGAAUGACGAUCAACUAUCUUUUGACGGUAGUAUACAUGAAGAAGGUUCUGACCCGGUAGAUGAUGCUGAAAACAAAUUUUUACAAAAUGAGUACAAUCAAGAGAACGGAUAUGACGAGGAAGACGACGAAGAAGAUGAAAUAAUGUCUGAUUUUGAUAUGCCGUUCUAUGAAGAUCCAAAAUUUGCCAACCUAUACUAUUAUGGCGAUGGUUCAGAACCGAAAUUGUCCUUGAGUACGUCUUUACCACUAAUGUUGAAUGAUGAAAAAUUAUCUAAAUUGAAAAAGAAGGAGGCAAAAAAACGUGAACAAGAGGAAAGGAAACAAAGACGAAAGCUUUAUAAAAAGACUCAAAAACCUAGCGCAAGAACCACUUCCAAUGUUGAUAAUGAUGAGUAUAUUUUCAAUGUUUUCUUUCAGUCAGAUGAUGAACGUGGAAAUGACAAUAAGUCCAAGAAAAGCAAGCAUAAAUCGGACUUAGAUGCUAUUAAACACAAAGAUAAAAACCUAAACUUGAUAAAACCAAAUAACAAUUCGGAAUCAUCAGUACAUCACCUGAAUACAGGGAAAUACGACUCCUCUGAUGAUGAAUAUGAUAACAUUUUACUGGACAUUGCCCAUAUGCCUUCAGAUGAUGAGCAUAGUGAAUUUGAAGCAUCCCACGAUCCUGACACGGAUGAGGAAUUAAGGGCCUUGGAUUCAGAUAGCCUAGAUAUUGGCAUGGAAUUGGACUACGACUACGAAGACGACGAUGACGAUGACGAUUCCAGUGUGACGAAUGUGUUUAUAGAUAUUGACGAUUUAGACCCAGAUUCAUUUUACUUCCAUUACGAUGAUAGCGAUGGCUCUUCUUCUAUUUCAAGCCCUACUUCAGAUAAAGAAGACCCUGACGAAUCCAAAGAAUGCAAGCAUGAUCUCUUAGAGACUGUUGUGUACGUUGACGACGAAUCCACAGAUGAAGAUGAUAAUCUACCACCUCCAAGUUCACGGUCAAAAAACAUUGGUUCAAAGGCAAAAGAAAUUGUAAGUUCAAACGUCGUUGGGUUGCGUCCACCCAAGUUGGGUACUUGGGAGACUGAUAACAAACCUUUCAGUAUUAUUGAUGGUCUCUCCACUAAAUCACUAUACGCCUUAAUCCAAGAACAUCAACAGCUUCGUGAACAACAUCAGAGAGCUCAAACUCCAGAUAUCAAAAGAGAAGGUAGUGCCAAUGGCGUUAAUGGUACUCUUAAUGGCGAUGAAUUGACACUCAAUGAACUGUUGAAUAUGAGCGAAUUGGAGGACGAUUCACCGUCCCAUACAGAUGACAUGAAAAAUAAUGGUAAUGGAAAUAACGCCAACAAUAGCAGAGGUGCUAACGACCAUACUGCAGAUUGGUAUGAAGUGCCUAAAGUUCCUUUAUCUGCAUUCAGAAACAAAGGCAUUAAUGCCUACGAAGAAGAUGAAUACAUGCUACCCACAAAUUCAAACAGAAAAGUCCCAAUUGGCUAUCUUGGUAAUGAAAGAACAAGGAAGAAGAUUGAUAAGAUGAAAGAGUUGCAACGUAAGAAAACUGAAAAGAAGAGACAAUUAAAGAAAAAAAAGAAGCUCCUGAAAAUAAGAAAAGAAAGAGAAAAAGCAAAAAAGGAGCAAGAAACCAUGACUUUACAAUUAGGGGUCAAUGAACUUUAUACUCCUGGCAACAACAAUAACAGUCAUAGUGACAUAAACACCGGCACAGAUUUUACUACCAACGAAAAUACACCUAUGGAUGACAUUCCUUCCCAUACCCCUGAAGAUGCAUUGUUGUCUCAUAAUGCUAAUCUUAUCGUGGGCAGCAAUACAAGAAAAAAUUCAACGAAAAGCGUCGGUUUAGAUGAAAUUCACGAGAUUUUAGGUAAAGACGGAAACGACUUGUUAUCUGUGGAUAACAUAAAUGAUUACAAUGCCCAAGAAAAUCAUGCAGUUGAUGGCACUGAUGCCGACCUUCUGGCAUCGUUAACCGCUCCCGUGCAAUUUAAUAAUACACUGAAUCGUGAAAACAGUAACUCUAUGUGGAGAAGAAGACAGAGUAUGGUGGAAGCAGCGGCUGAAAAUCUUCGCUUUACAAAGAAUGGUUUAUUUAGUGAAAGCGCUCUGGCGGAUAUCGAGGGAAUCAUGGGAAAUGAUGCCAACCAGACAUUCGAGUUCAAUGAUGUGUUGUAA